GUCACGGUUCCAUGCCAGACCAAACAACUUUUCCAGACUGAGCGAGCGACUCCACACAUUGACUCGUCCAGCUGCGACACGCCGUAAAGCGGAGAUUUAUUAGCAUUGACGAGAAUACCGACUGAAACACGAUUACGAUAGAUUGCGAAGUAUUUACUUUUGAGUUGAACGAAUACGCUUCUAUUUUGGCACUUUUUAAUACUUAUAUAUACUGUAUAUAUAGAGAGAGAUCGAGGCAGAUUCUUCAGUUACGCCGUCUCGCUGAAAAUUGGGAUGAGGACUCUGUGGUUGUUGUUCCUAGUCGGGCUAGCCCCUGGAUUCAUAAGUGAGAAAAUGCUGGUCUCUUCCCAGUCGCUCGCCUUCGUGGGAGAUGACCUUUACAUAGAGAGUCAAACAUCAGGUGACCUCCCGAUAGAUGAUGAAGACGGGGACGACUUGGGAUCGGGAUCUGGAUCCGGGGACUAUGGAAAAGAAGAGGAGGAGACGGCGAUCCUCACCUUGAACAAGAGUGAAGAAAUGCUUCCAACCCAAUCAACAGCACACUCUCCAGUCGGUCAACCGACCAAAGCAGCUGACCCGCGCAAUCCACCGAACACAGUGAUGUACAGUGAGACAACAGCGAUCAGUAUGGACACUAAGGACAAGGAGGUGGCAGGCAACGACCCAACGGCCGACUCAUUCACACAUGCUCCCAGUCCCAGCUCCACUUCCAAGGACAUCAAAGAAACCCCAGAAGACAAUAGCCUGGAUAGGUGGGACGACUCCUCCGCCACCAAAGAUGGUGAAGACAAAGAUACAAGCGACCUUCUGACAAAUGAAAUUCUCGUGAGUCGAGACAGCAGAAUGUUUGACUCUCCCGAUGAUGUGACAUCUGAGAGUAUGUGGGAGCGAACGGAGGUGCUGGCAGCGGUGAUAGCCUGUGUGGUGGUCGGCUUGCUUUGUGCCAUCUUCCUCCUUGUCCUGCUGGCCUACCGCAUGAAGAAGAAGGACGAAGGAAGCUAUGACCUGGGGGACACCAAACUUUCCUCAACAGCUUACCAGAAAGCACCAACCAAGGAGUUUUACGCCUAAACCAACCAAUAGAGACUGUGAAUAGAUAUCAUCACUUGUCUGUUCGAACUGAGAGCGGAUCAUUAUCAGCUUUAUUUUCUAAUUUUCAACCGCGCCAAACUCCCCUGCUCGUCUCUCCCGUCUGCUAUCUUUUUACGUCUCUCUCUCUCUCUCUCUGUCUCUCUCUCUUUAGUCUGCACAAUUCUCACACAGAACGGGAGAAUUCAAAUAUAAUAUUCAUAUCAUUCCAAUCUGGGAAAAGAGUGGAAGUCUCUCUAGAGUGUCAUAGGAUUACAGCCAUUCUAGUUCAGGAAAGUCAAUUCAAUCAACACUGUGCCUUAAACCCACACUGCAUCUAUAAGAUGGACUCACAAUGUUGUCAGCUCGGCUAAACAGUAAUGAGGAAGUUAAAAAAAGAAGUAGGACGCCUUCAUUGUAUUUUGAAUGAUAUCCUAAAUGGUACUAGUAGGCCAAAGAACCAAAGGUUAAUCACUUUUUCCCUUUAUUUUUUGGUCGAGGUCAGAUUUCAUCUGUUGUUACAUUUCAUUUAGUGCUUUUUUAAAAAAAUGACUGUACGAAUGUUUUUUGUUGUUUUCAUGACUAGUGAAUAUGUUAUUUUAUAUUCUGUCCAGUAUUGGUACGUGAGAUUGGGUUCCUCUGCAGGUACAUACCUUUGUUUUUCCUCACAAGUCUUAUAUUCUAAAUUCUCAAUAUGUUUUCUUUAUUAUCUUUGGAAAUUGUAGCGUGUUUGUCUAUUUUAAAUUUUGAGAUUUUUGACCUAAAAGCCAUUUUAAAGAAAAGGUUUGCAGUCUACAGAUUGUAGAUUUCAAAUGCCUUUGCACACACACACACCAUGUCAACUUUGCAUUGAACAUUCUUUAUAUUUACAGGACUAUUUUCUGUGAUGACUGAGUGAAGCAAGCAAGGCCAAACCACAUUCCAUUGCAAUUGCCAACUGUAUGCAGCUAUAAUAACAGGUUUGACUGGUGACAGCAUUGAGCAUGAAGAGUCUUUCUGGACAAUGAGGUUUUUCAGUAAAACGGGCUACAAAAAUAACCACUUCAGUUUUCCAUCUUGAUAAUGCAGUCAUUUGUAGCUCCUCGGAUUUAUUUAUAUAUGAUUCACCAUUUUGUCUGGUGCUAAUUGUAUGGCAAAGCAGUUUUUUUCUCCUUUGCGAGUUGUGAGGAAAAGUUAAUUUGGAGCAGUUCUUUUGUUAGACUUCCUGUGUUUUCAAAUGUUGCUUGAUAAUCGGACCUCUAAAAAAGUCUCUCAAAUGGAAAUAUUACCAUAUUUUUGCCAGAGAUUUGCAGCAGUUUUUCUCAGACUUAAAACGCAUUUCCUUUCAACAACAUGCAAUAAAAAAAGGUCGACAUUUCUGUUGCGGUUUUACAAAAGACGAGGCUCCCAUGCAUUUCUCAAAUUUCCUGCAGAACAAAUGACUGACGUUUCAUGGCUGCAAUAAAUACAGCAUUGUGUACAUUAACACUAUGUGAUUUACCAUUCUCAUUGAGAUCAUAAAGAUGCCAGAUGAUUGAGCAGAAAGGGCAGUUCAUCAAAAAAAAAAAUGCCAUGAGAUUUAGCCAGCAAGAACCCCAUUGAUAAUUGUACUUUUUUUUUAACCUAAGGGUAAAAAGAGACAGAACUCGGAAUUCAAACACACAUGUUGUGUGGAUCAAAGUAACGUUGUAGCUUUUGCAACUUUCAUUUGGGAUUGUCUACUAUGUUGUGAUGAUCCAGUCACAUAUGUAUGAAUGUGUAUUAUUUUAGACUAUAAUCAAUUUCAGUCUGUAAAAUGUACAGUCCUUUUUUUCAGUGUCUUUGUUCCUACUGAUCAGAUUAUUUCAAAUUGCUUUUAUUUUAUGAUGGUUCAGUUGAUUUAUGCCAAAUUAAACCAGAUUUAUGCAAUUUUCUUGAGUACUUUCAAUAAAAUCUGAGAAAAUAUCCUUUUA